AUGGCUGGAAGAUAUAGGGAUCCCCGGCUGUCAGAUGAGUUCGAGUAUCUGACUGUGCCUCAGUCGAAUCGAGGUUAUCAUUCGGACGAUGAAGCUCGGCAGAAGAAGCGGACAGUCUUUGUCGACCGCACAGAGCCUCAGGUGUCAACCGAGGCGAGAAGGCCAUCCCCUCCGCCGAGACUGAAGCGUGCUCAUGUCGCACCGUACUCCAGUCGUGUCCCAUCUCCACCUCCGUUGAGGAACGACCAUCGCCGGUUCUCUUCCCAGGAUGUACGGCCAUCCCGCGCUCUCAGCCCUCCGCGACCAGCACCAUACGCUCCAACUGGCAACUCUUCAUAUCCAUCAUCUCUUAGGAGGAAUGGAUCUCGUAAUGCCCGGAUUCCUCCAGUCAGUGUUGCAGUUAUCGGUCCCCAAGGUUCCGAUGAAGUUGAACCAUCCCGAGGGAUCUCCACGCUACCUGUAAGACCAGAUGCCGAUGUUUCGUUUCCGAAGGUCAUGCAUCAGCAAGAGCAACGCUCAUGGCACAACAGGUCAAACUCGGCUGGCCGAUCGAUCGUGACAUCGCCGUCUCUCGCAACAUCCGGGCAGUCAUUCCCUUCAUCCGCGACUGGCACACUCGGCGACAGACUCUAUCGAUACAACGCAUUAGGAGAGUCUGAAAUCAGAUUGAUCAGACUACUUCCGGCGCGAAUGUUCAAGAUCAAAUGCGAAGUAUUCCAUGCUCCAAUUACAAAACUACCGGAUUAUAUCGCUAUAUCGUAUGCGUGGGGCGACGCAGGGGACACGCGACGUUUGGAACUUGAAGGCACAGAGAUUCCGGUAUCUGCUAGUUUGCAUGGCGCCUUGCAAGCUCUCCGACGAAAGAAUGAGAUAGUCACCGUAUGGGUGGACGCGCUCUGUAUCGAUCAGCACAACAGGGAUGAAAGAACACAACAAGUUCAAAUGAUGACAAAGAUUUACUCGAGGGCAGAGUCCGUAGCUGUCUGGCUUGGCCCAGAAGCAGACCGGAGUUCUGACGCGGCCGAGUUUCUCCUGAGAAUGACUCAACAUUCGGGAUCACCAGACAAGAUUACGAAACUUCUUUCCUCCAAAAGCAACGAGAGCGACAUCGCUGCAGCCGUAUCUCUUUUCGAAAGAGACUACUGGAAGAGACUGUGGGUGGUACAAGAAGUCUUCAAUGCACGCUCCGUCACUGUCUAUUGCGGCUCCAGCAAGCUUCCGUGGGAUGUCUAUAGAGAGGCGUCCAACGUUUUUCAAAGACACAAGGGUGACUUGGAUUACUACUUUCCUGGGAAUUCCCAGGGCCGGACAUACGCCAGAGCAGCACAGAACCACUUCACUUACUCCCAGAUUUUGACUUAUCAAGGUCCUGGAAGUCUUCCAGACAUCCGAGCUUUGAGACACUAUGGGGAGGAUUCUCUUCUGGAGGUUAUGCGUGUCUGUCGACGGAAAUUCUCUGCUGAUCCAAAAGACAAAGUCUUCGGAAUCUUGGGUUUGCUCACAGAAGACGUGCGCAAGGACUUCCCAGUCGAUUACAGUCUAUCCGUCAAAGAAAUCUACACGGACGUGGUAGACUUUCUUAUAUCAACAACUGGACGUUUCGACGUGAUUUGCGAGGCCAUUCACUACCCGCCUCACAUGGACACUGCGAAUCUACCCUCGUGGGUCCCAGACUGGUCUCACAUUCCUGACACCGUCGCUUUGGGCGCUAUGGCCUUUGAGCCGCCCUUCUCCGCAUCGCAACGCAAAGAGAUCAAGUUUUCCUUCAAAGACGAUCGUCGAAACAAGAUUGAGAUCACCUCUCUUGAGAUUGACACCAUCCGCACUCAUGGCAUUGCAGUCGGUACACUGUGUACAUUAGCAGACUACCUCAUGGCUUUCAUCCACUGGAGAGCGCUUCUGCUAGCGACGUACAAGGCCGACGAUCUUGAGGCGCAAGACCUCUUCUGCAGGGCACUUUGUCUCAACCAAGUGCCUCGUAAAUGGGCCAAUUCGUUCGACUGGGUUACCGCCUGCUUCCAUGUGUUUGCGUCGUUGAUUCGGGAGAGGCUGCCGCAUCUGCCUCUUGAUCAAGAGCUUGAGAAGUACAUUGACGCGAAGACUGAUAUCAAGCCUGACGCCCGUCGGAGAUUCCUUCAGGAACACUUUGGCUCUCGGAUGAUGGGUCGAUGCUUUUACAUCACUGAGGGGGAUCGCAUUGGCAUCGGAUCUGGAUUCAUGGCUGUUGGAGAUGUCGUCGUAGUCCCACUUGGUUGCUCAACACCAGUGGUCCUUCGCCCUGAGGGAUGUCGCUCAGAGUGUCGCUAUGUUGGCGAUGCGUAUUUGCAUGGGUACAUGUAUGGCAGAGCCAUAGAUCAAUGGCGUAAUGGAGACAGGAAGGCGUCCAAGUUUGUUCUACACUAG